UUCUCCUUCUCUCCGUAUCGCUGAUUGCUGUUUUGCUGAAGAUUAUUUCGCUUUGUUUCUAGUUGUGUUCGCAUUUGGAUUCUGUUGAGGAAGAACAGGAUGUCUCACAGGAAAUUUGAGCACCCAAGGCACGGGUCCCUUGGCUUUCUUCCCAGGAAGCGUGCUGCUCGUCACAGGGGAAAGGUGAAGGCUUUUCCCAAGGAUGACCCUAACAAGCCAUGUAGGUUGACUGCUUUCCUGGGUUACAAGGCUGGAAUGACACACAUUGUCAGGGAGGUCGAGAAGCCGGGAUCAAAGCUUCACAAGAAGGAGACUUGUGAGCCUGUAACAAUCAUUGAGACCCCUCCAAUUGUGAUUGUUGGUGUUGUUGGAUAUGUGAAAACACCCCGUGGUCUUCGUACUUUGAGAACUGUAUGGGCUCAGCAUUUGAGUGAGGAAGUUAGGAGGAGGUUCUAUAAGAACUGGUGCAAGUCCAAGAAGAAGGCUUUCACUAAAUAUGCCAAACAGUAUGAAACUGAUGAGGGAAAAAAGAAUAUCCAAGGGGGUCUUGAGAAGUUGAAGAAAUAUGCAUCUGUUAUCCGUGUCUUGGCACAUACUCAGAUUACCAAGAUGAAGGGAUUGAAGCAAAAGAAAGCACACCUUAUGGAGAUACAGGUCAAUGGUGGGACAAUUGCUCAAAAGGUUGACUAUGCAUAUGGAUUCUUUGAGAAGCAAGUUCCAGUAGAUGCCGUUUUCCAGAAAGAUGAGAUGAUUGAUCUUAUUGGUGUGACCAAGGGUAAGGGGUAUGAAGGUGUCGUGACUCGUUGGGGUGUUACCCGACUCCCUCGUAAGACUCACAGGGGUCUUAGGAAGGUGGCUUGUAUUGGUGCUUGGCAUCCUGCUAGAGUCUCAUUUACUGUUGCCAGGGCUGGUCAGAAUGGAUACCACCACCGUACUGAGAUAAACAAGAAGGUAUAUCGUAUCGGAAAGGCAGGGCAGGAGUCACAUACCGCCCUCACUGAAUUUGACAGGACCGAGAAGGAUGUUACUCCAAUGGGUGGUUUCCCUCACUACGGUGUUGUGAAGAGUGACUACUUGAUGAUCAAGGGAGGAUGUGUUGGACCCAAGAAGAGGGUCAUCACCCUUCGCCAGUCGCUGCUCAAACAAACAUCUCGUGUGGCUCUUGAGGAGAUCAAACUCAAGUUCAUCGAUACUUCUUCCAAGUUUGGCCAUGGUCGCUUCCAGACGACGCAGGAGAAGCAGAAGUUCUAUGGUCGCCUCAAGGCCUAGAGCUUUUAACUGCCUGCCCGCUAUCCUUGUUCUGGUCAUUUCUGUCGCCUAUGAAGUUUUGUUAUUUAUUUCUGUUAUUUGAGGAUUGAGUAGUCGAGAUGUUUUUGCAACUAAACUGAAGAACUAUAGCUGCCAUUAAUGGGACUUGAUUUUUGGUUUUCUA